AUGAAAAAUAUUGAAGAUGAAAUAAUAGAUGAUAAUACUGAAAGUGAUAAUAAUUACAACGAUGAUGGUAAUAUAACUUCAAAUGAAGAUAACAUAUGCGAAAAGCAAAUACAAAUAUGUUUUAUUUCUAAUUUAAAAGAUAAUAAAUAUAAAAUUGAAAACAACAUUUAUACAAUUCCAGUUAGUUUUAAGAGAAUAGAUUUAUCUAGAAUGAUAAAAAAGCUACUAGAUAUAAAAGAAAAUGUUUCUUUUGAAUUUUUAAUAAAUAAAAAAAUCCUAAGAUCUUCUAUAGAAGAAUUUUUGCAACUUAAUAAUUUAUUAUCAGAAAGUGUUAUAGAAAUAGAAUUUACUGUUCCCAUAACAAAAAAAGAAAGUAAAAAUAUAGAUAGUGUAUCUGAAUGGAUAUCUGAAUUAAUUGUAAUUGAAAAUAAAUUGUAUUGUAGUACUUUUGAGGGAAAUUUAUUAUAUUAUGAUUUGAAAAAUUUUAAUAAAAUAGAUGAAAAUAAAGUGUUUGAUAUGCCAAUAUUUUCUUUUAAUUUAUGUAAAGAUAAUAAAUUAAAUAGUGAUUUAUAUCAUGAGUCUGCUAUUGGACUAUCUAAUGGAACAAUAAAAAUAUUUUUAAAUGAAGAAAAAAAUGAUGGAAUAAAAAUAAAAAAUGAAUUAUAUUUAAGUAAUCAUGAUGAUAUGAUUAAAUCAAUAGCGUUUAAUAAAGACGUUUCAUUAAUAAUAAGUGGAGGAGCUGAUAAUAAAAUAAACAUAUAUGAUAAUAAUUAUAUUAUAGAUGAAUUAAAACAGUUUAAAAGUGAUAAUAAUAAAAGAAAGAAAAAAAAUGUAAUAGCGCCAACAAAAUGUAUACAUAAAGAAACUGGAAUUAUAACAAAUUUAAAUUUUUUUGACAAUAAUAAGUUUUUGUGUAGUGGUCUUGAGAAAAAUAUUAAAAUUUUUGAUGCAAUGAAUGGUAGCAUGAUUUCCUCAUUUCCAUAUAAUAAAUCUAUAAUACGUAAUGAUAUUAUUAACAAAAACUUAUUUAUAAUCGCUGAUGAAAAUUCCUUAAUUAAAUUAUUUGAUAUAAGAUGUUUAAAUGAAAAAUCAGUUAUAUCAUUAAAUGAAAAUAAAUAUUAUUUUCAUGAUAAAAUAAUAACUUCUCUUAAGGGGAAUAAAAAUGAAAUAUAUUUUUUAUCAUCAUCUCAUGAUGGUUAUAUUAACAUAUUCGAUGUUAGAUUAAAUAAGUUACCUGUUUAUACUAUUGAAAGUGAAGAGAAAACAAAAAUUCUUUCAAGCACAUGGUUUUAUAAAAAAAAAAAAGAUAAUUCUAUUAUAAGUGCAGAUGAAUAUAAUAUAAAUAUACACAAUUUUUAG